AUACAUACAUAUGAUAAUGUUAAGCUCUUUAUCCUUUCUCUAAUGGACUCCCUUUCUCUUCUCCUCUCUUAUCCAAAACUCUCCACCCCAAAGCCCCCUAAUUCACUCUUCUCUGCAUCUUUCCCCCAACCUCACAUUUCACCUCCCAACAAAAAACCCCAAAUUCCAUUCCUCAAACCCCAUUCUCCAAUCUCCCUCCAAAACCCCCUCACAAAAUCAUGCUUUUCCCUCGCUACAAUCAACCUCUUCACUCCCCUCCAAUCCCUCGCCGCUGAACCCCCUUUACUCGAAUCAGACGCAGGCAGAAUCAACAUAGAAUCAAUUCUCAUCUCCAUCGAUGAUUUCUUCAACCGAUAUCCAUUUUUCGUUGCUGCAUGCAGCUUCGUUUACCUCGUUGGUAUCCCUUUAGCAGAAGAGUAUUUCAGAAAGUAUAAAUUUGUAUCAGCUAUUGACGCUUUCAGGAAGCUCCGGGAUGAACCUGACUCACAGCUGUUGGAUAUAAGAGACAGGAAGAAUGUGAAGUUUCUUCCGUCUCCUAAUUUGAUGAUGUUGAAGAAGGAAGUGGUGCAGGUUGAAUUUAAGGAGGGGAAUGAAGAUGGGUUUGUGAAGAAAGUUUUGGAGAGGUUCCAGGAUGCUGAGAAUACUGUUGUGUUUAUUUUGGACAGUUUCGACGGUAAUUCCUUGAAAGUUGCUGAAUUGUUGUUCAAGAAUGGUUUCAAAGAGGCCUAUGCGAUCAAAGGUGGAGUUAGAGGCCAGCAAGGGUGGAUGGCUAUACAGGAUACUCUUUUGCCUCCUCCCGUGCAUAUGAAUCGAAGGAAAAAGAAGACUAAAGUGCCACAAGAGCUCAGUACAAAUGGAAAUGGGUCCAUUCAGCAAAAUGAUAGUAGUAAUGAAAGUGUGUUAUCCUCGGAUAUCCCUGCAGUUGGAAACCAAGAGACGGAAAAUGGUCAUGUGAAAAGGUCUGUUGAGUCCAAUCCGAAAAUGAAACUCGGAUCGGUAGUUUCCUAUUCUCCGUAUCCUAAUUACCCAGAUUUGAAGCCGCCAUCAUCUCCAACUCCAUCAAAGCCACAAUGAUGAUGUUUUAGUUCAACUGGAAUCGUUGAGGAAUAAUUAUUUAUUCCACGACAUUUUAAUUUGGUGACUGUUUCAAUUCAUAAUUAUAUAAACAUUCUUUCUCUAGUUGUUGAGUUUUAGAGAUAGUGUAAAGCAUGUAAUCCACUUAAACUUUACAAAAAGUUAAUCUGGUUUUUGUUUAGUAUCCGCACCUCAUCAAAAGGCUUGAUUUCCUGCAA